AUGGCUGCCGUCACUGCACUGUCAGUUCGAGCAGUUUCAACGCCCACACAGGGAGCGUUGAAAUCCAGCUUUCUCUCGGGAGAGGGUUCGUCGCCGUGCCAGCUAGCCACCGGCGGUUUCGCCAAGCGGUCGCUGCUGGCGGCGGCUUCCGCCUCCCCCUCCGCGCGCCUGCACCGCCGCGUGGUCGCCGCCUCCGCCGCCACACAAUCAGCCGCCGCUGCUGUCGCAGCCCCGGCUGUCCAGAAGCAGCGAAUCCGCAUCAAGCUCAAGUCGUACCAGGUGCCUCAACUGGAGGCGGCUUCCGAGCAGAUUCUCGAAGUGGCGAAGGAGACGGGAGCAGGCAUCAUGGGCCCGGUGCGUCUGCCAACGCACAUCCGCAAGUACUGUGUUCUGCGCAGCCCUCACGUGGACAAGGACUCGCGGGAGCACUUUGAGAUUCGCACGCACAAGAGGUUGAUUGAUCUGGAGAACCCCACUGCGACCACCAUUGAUGCUCUGAUGCAGCUGGAGCUGCCGUAUGCCGCAACAGCAGCAGCCGAAUCCGCGAUAUCUGCUGCUCCAAAACUCGUUACAGGUCUUGGGAGAUCCGCACUUGAGUCGCUUCAGGCACCAACGUCGUUCUUCCACCUGCAGCCGUCGACUUUUCACCCUGUACUGACCGAUGUUGGAACUAGCUUUUCAUCCGGGAACGCUGGAAUUGUCGCUCUAGAUUCUGGCUUGCUGCCGUUAGCGGGUUCAUGGCAGCAAGACGUAGCUGCAACGCUUUUCACCCUCCUAGGCUCGGUGGUUUGGGUCCGCGUGUUUGAUGAGCUGGCCAGACGGGAUGUCCUGGAUCAGAAACUGAGUCGCAAGAUUGUGCACAUCACCACAGGGCUGCUCUUCAUGCUCUCCUGGCCUCUCUUCAGCUCCAACCCAGCAGCAAGGUUCCUCGCUGUUGCCGUUCCAGUGGCGAACGCUAUCCGGAUACUGCUGUUGGGAAUGGGUAUCACGACGAACGAGGGAGUGGUGAAGUCUAUCAGCAGAGAAGGCAGCGCCAGCGAGCUGCUUCGGGGGCCUCUGUACUAUGUGCUCACCAUCGUUUUAGUCACAACCAUCUUCUGGCGCAGCUCCCCCGUUGGAGGCAUAGCGCUGGUGCUCAUGUGUGCUGGGGACGGAAUGGCUGACAUUGUUGGUAGACGAGUGGGUUCCGCGAAGCUUCCCUGGAACAGUCGUAAGAGCUGGGCUGGGAGCGUUGCCAUGCUGCUGUGCGGCUCCUUGUUCUCAAUAACGUUUCUCUUUAUAUUUUGCUCGUUUGGGUUCUUUCACACCCAGUGGUGGUCUGCUGAUAUCUGCUUCAGAAUCUUCCUCGUAGCUGCAGGAGCGACGUUCAUGGAAUCCUGUCCCAUAAGCGAGAAGCUAGAUGACAAUUUCACGGUUCCUUUCUCGGCUGUGCUGCUGGGGCGCUUGUUGCUUCCAAUGGUGUGA